AUGGCGUCCAGAAUAUUUGCCAUGCCGCUUGGGAUGGCUCUGAUCUCAGCCCUGCUCAUCCUCCUACUGAUCACCACCUCAUUCUCCCUCGCUGUCCGCACUUAUCCACGCUUCUCCAGAAAUGACACUUCUUUUGAGCACCUGGUCCUGCACCCGGAUCCCUCUGUGGGCACGGUUUAUGUGGGGGCCAGGGACCACCUAUUCCAACUGGAUGGGCUAGACGGCCUGCGUCUGGAGCAUGAGGAGAGGACCGGCCCUGUGACUGAUAGUAAGGAGUGUCUUCCCCCUGUCACCGAGGCCAACUGCCCCCAGGCCCGGCACACCUCCAACCACAACAUGCUGCUCCUGGUGGACCCAUCAGCCAUGGAGCUCAUCACCUGUGGUAACGUCCACCAGGGCACCUGCCAGAAGCGCAGCCUGACCUCUGUGAAGGAGGUCCUGUUCUCCACAGAGAGGCCGGUGGAUACCCAGUACGUGGCGGCCAACGACCCGGAGGUGUCCACAGUGGGGCUGGUGGUGGGGCCCCGAGGCGGGGAGCGGGCCGUGCUCUACGUGGGGCGUGGUUACACAAGCAGCCAUCCGCCCAUCUCCACACGCCAUCUGGCCCACGAGCCUGUGUUCUCUUACGAGGAGACGGCCAAGCUGGCCGUGGCGGGAAGGCUCUCGGAGUACGACCACCAUUUUGUAGCCGCUUUCGCUCGCCGUGGGCAUGUGUACUUCUUAUUCUAUCGCCGUGACAUUAAGGCUGUGUCGCGGGAAUACCGUACGUAUGCUGCCCGCGUGUGUCUGGAUGACACCUCCUACUAUUCCUAUGUAGAGGUACCCCUGGUGUGUCACUCCUCCUCUACCUCCUCCCCAGAGAGGAACUACAACCUCCUCCAGGCAGCCCAGGUGGGUCAGGGGGGUGGCAGAGAGGGGGACACCCUGCUGGGGGUGUUCUCCACCCGGGUCAGCUCUUCCAACGGGCCCUCCGAGGACUCCGCUCUGUGUGUGUUCCCUCUGGACGAGCUGGAUAGACUCAUCGACUCCACACGAGACCUGUGCUACACACUGGAUGGCCAUGUGAAGGGAGUAGGCGAGGUGGCCUACAUAGAGUAUGAGGUCAAGUCCAGCUGUGCCAACUUACCUACGAACACCCUAAAGGCUUAUCCCUGUGGCUCUGACCACACCCCCAGUCCAAUGGCCAGCAGGGUACCCAUGGAAGCUGAGGCAGUAUUGGACAGCCCAUCUGCCCGUCUCACUGCUGUGGCUGUCGGUAUGAGGGUGUUCCUAGGCUCUGGAGGCAGGGUGGAGAUGUACUCCUCCAUGCUCAUCCAGCCCAACUCGCCCGUCAGCAGUGACCUCCUGCUGGACCAGACGGAGACGCACAUCUACGUCAUGACCGGCGCAAUGGUGGAGAAGCGACCGGUGGCAGAGUGUGGAGAUCACCUGGACUGUCAGGCCUGUCUUUCAGCACGAGACCCUUACUGUGGCUGGUGUGUUCUGGAGGGCAGGUGUGGCCAGCGUUCACAGUGCAGUCGGGGGUCUCUGCAGGGCCAGUGGCUGUGGAGCUUUGACCACCAGCAGCAGCAGUGUCUCGGUAUCCAAUCCCUGAGCCUGUAUAACAUCAGCCGUGGAGAGGAGACAGACAUUGCUGUGUCAGUGAAGGGGUUGCCCAGUCUAGUGCAAGGCGAAGCAUACAGCUGUUUCUACCAGGAUGUGGAACGUCUGGCCACCGUCACAGACACUGGUGUGACCUGCUCUACUCCCGACGCCAGCAGGUUGCCUCCCAUUGGCCAGGGAGAAGACUCAGUCACCAUCCCCCUGUCCCUUCGCUUCCUCAAUGUGACUGUGGCUGCUCGGGAGUUCACCUUCUUUGACUGUGGUGUGGUCCAACAGCUCUCUGGACUCAUGCCGUGCAGAGGGUGUGUGAGCAGUCGCUGGGGCUGUAACUGGUGUAUUCACCAGCACAUGUGCACCAAUAAAAUCUGUGAUGAGGGAGUCACAAUUUACAACAAACACUUCAAACCAACAUUCACUCCCCCAGCAACCAAACAAUCUGACACUCUAACUCCAACUCUCCUGGCUGCCCCAACACUCCCACCCACAGGGACAUCUAUUAGGACCACUCCCCCAGUCCCGGCCAGCACACCUGUGCCCCCAUCCACCAUACCCACCACCCCCGAACCAACCGCAGUCCCCACCACCCACUCACCAACCAUUGCCACCACCACACCCUCAACCACACUGGCCACUCAGGCUACCACUGCAACACUAGAGGUGACAACCAGUCUGCAGGCAGGGACAAAGACCACCGCUGGAGAGACCUCAGUGGAUGGAGAUGGGAGCCUCCCCAGGACUACUGCUGGAACAGGGGAGACGGAGCAGACAACAGUCACUAGGGUUGAGCUGCUAGACUGGCCCGAGUCUCCAGAAACUGUGGCUCCUAGUAGUACAAAUGGACUCACCGACACUGACCACACUGUGCCGGAGCCCUCUGACACCACCUCAACCACUGCUAGUGGUGUCCCCCUGUUAAUGGACCUGCCCACUGGCUCUGACGGGGAUGAAGUCCCCCUGUUAAUGGACCUGCCCACUGGCUCUGACGGGGAUGAAGUCCCCCUGUUAAUGGACCUGCCCACUGGCUCUGACAAGGAUGAAGUCCCCCUGUUAAUGGACCUGCCCACUGGCUCUGACGGGGAUGAAGUCCCCCUGUUAAUGGACCUGCCCACUGGCUCUGACGGGGAUGAAGUCCCCCUGUUAAUGGACCUGCCCACUGGCUCUGACGGGGAUGAAGUCCGCCUGGCCCCCUCUGAAGGUACAGACUCACCUCCCUGGACAAAGGAAUGGGAGAAGGGAGAGGGAGAGACAGAGAUGGACCCUCCAACAUCCUCUGCCACAGUGCCCUCUGGAGAUGAUGACCCAAACCAGCCCUCUCAAUCCUUUACCCUCACACCUGACCCUGACUCUUCAGCAGACUACCAGUCUGACUCCUCUGAAAUUGAUCUGCCGGACUGCCCGUGUGUGGAGAAGGUCCAGGGCUCCUCUCUCGUUCCUGUUAAUGUGGAGCGGAAGAUCACUCUGGUGGGACGCCACCUUCACCUCUUCCAGGAUGAGGAUCUGGACUAUGAGUGUGUGCUGACCAUCGAAGGGCGGUCAGUGGUGGUGGACGCGUACGUGGAGACAGACGACACCCAGCCCUCUCUCUACUUCAUCACCUGCCAGCUACACCAGUACGCCUAUACUGCCUUUGUGGAGGAGUACAAUGCCGUGAUCAAUGUGAGGAGGAGAAACACCUUUCAGAUUGAUAGUGCGGACGACCUUCAUGUGACGUUGUUUAACUGCUCUGUGGGCCGGUCAGACUGCAGCCGGUGUCGUACGGCUGAUCAGAAGUACGGCUGUGCGUGGUGCGGGGGAGCUCGCUCCAAAUGCAGUUACCGGGACUCCUGCGCUGGCGAGAUCAAGCAGUCCUGCCCAGCACCCGUCAUCCACUUAAUGGAGCCCAUCUCUGGACCAGUAGAAGGUGGUACUGUGGUGACCAUCUCAGGCUCCAAUCUUGGACAGAAAGCUGAAGACAUCCAGAACUCUGUCACUAUAGCUGGUGUCCCCUGCACGGUCAUCAACAGCAGAUAUGAGAUCUCCUCAAGGAUUGUGUGUGAGACCACAGCCAGUGGGGGAGAGAAGAGUGGUCAGGCCUCAGUCGAGGUGAGAGGAGGGGGGCUUGGACUCUCCAGUCAAAGGUUCAGCUUCCAGGACCCGGCUCUGAUUGGGAUAGCCCCUCAGAAGGGGCCCAAGGCUGGGGGCUCAGCAUUGACCAUAAUGGGCCAGAGCCUGAAGACUGGACACCCCAGUGAGGUCAGCGUGCUUAUUGGAGGAGUCUCAUGCCUCAUCUCUGAGGUCGUGGAUGACCAGAUUACAUGUAUGACAGGGGGCAGCAACAGAACUGGAGAGCAUGGAAUCACAGUCCGGUUUGGUAGAGCAGAACGCCAUCUACAGGGAGCCAUCUAUCAUUACACCUCAGACCCUAACAUAACCAUGGCUGCACCCUCAAAAAGCUUCCUCAGUGGUGGAAGAAUGAUCCGUGUGUCUGGGCAAAACCUAGAUGUAGUGCAGGUGCCCCGAAUCCGGGUGACCCUUAGUCCUCUGGAGUCCCUUUCUCCAAGGAAGAAGAGGAGGACGAGGAGGAGCAGCAGAGAUGGAGAGAGUAGAGUGAGACGCACAGAAAUCCCACUCAAGAGGCAAAGACGGAUAGUUCCUGAGCCAGACUGUCUUGAAGACGCACUCUGUGUGGUAAAACGGUUUGAGACGAGUUGCGCCGUGAGCAGCUCCUCUCUGAUGCUGUGCCCUACGCCUGCCGUGGGGACAGAGGCCCACCAUGCUCGGGUCAAGGUGGACUUCCUACUGGAUAACCUGCACUUUGACUUCAACUCUGUGGGCAGUGGGGCUUUCAGCUACGAGCUCAACCCCAGGCUGUACCCACUGAACCAGAAUGACCCCAGCAAACCCUACCACCACAAACCUGGCAGCAUCAUCUCUGUGGAGGGGGAGAACCUGGACCUGGCCAUCUUUAAGGAGGAGGUGGUGGCUCUGAUUGGGGAAGGGGUAUGCUCUGUGAAAACCUUGACCCAUAACCACCUCUACUGUGAGCCUCCAUCCCAGCAGCCCUCUGUGAUGGCCAGCAAGAAGCAGGAGGGCAUGGAUUCUCUCCCCGAGUUCACUGUCCAGAUGGGGAACCUGAACUUCUCCCUGGGUAGAGUGCAGUAUGACACCCAAGGCCAGUCCACCUUCCCCCUGGAGGCCCAGGUGGGCGUAGGGGUGGGGGCUUCCAUCGUAGCCCUCAUCGUUGUCAUCAUAGUGCUCAUAUAUAGGAGGAAAAGCAAACAGGCUGUGAGGGACUACAAGAAGGUCCAGAUUCAGCUGGAGAAUCUGGAGACCAGUGUGAGGGACCGCUGCAAGAAAGAGUUCACAGACCUGAUGACUGAGAUGAUGGACUGUUCAAGUGACCUGGUGGGUUCUGGUAUUCCCUUCCUGGACUACAAGGCGUAUGCAGAGCGCAUUUUCUUCCCUGGCCACCGGGAGUCGCCACUGAGGCGAGAUUUGGAUGUGCCGGAGUGCCGUAGACAGACGGUGGAGCAGGGACUAGUUCAACUGUCCAACCUCCUCAACAGCAAACUAUUCCUCACCAAGUUCAUCCACACCCUGGAGGUGCAGCGGACCUUCUCUCCUCGGGACCGGGCCUACGUGGCCUCCCUGCUCACCGUGGCCCUGCAUGGGAAGCUGGAGUACUUCACUGACAUCCUCAAGACUCUGCUAAACGACCUGGUGGUGCAGUACGUGGCCAAGAACCCCAAACUCAUGCUCCGAAGAACUGAAUCGGUGGUUGAGAAGCUCCUGACCAACUGGAUGUCCAUCUGUCUGUUCACCUUCCUGAGGGACACUGCAGGGGAGUCCUUCUACAUGCUGUUUAGAGCCAUUAAACACCAGGUGGACAAAGGACCGGUGGACGCCGUGACAGGAAAGGCCAAGUACACACUCAACGACAACAGGCUGCUCCGCGAGGACAUAGAGUACAACACCUUGACGCUGAAUGUCCUCAUGCCAGCGACAGGCAACGGUGGCGUGCCCCAGACCGCUCCUGCCAAGGUGCUGGACUGUGACACCAUAACCCAGGUGAAGGAGAAGGUCCUGGAGCAGGCAUGGAAGGGCAUGUCCUUCUCCCAGAGGCCCCACACAGACUCUCUCCACCUGGAGUGGCGUGCGGGCAUGGCAGGUCACCUGAUCCUGUCAGACGAGGACUUGACGUCGGUGGUGCAGGGCUCCUGGAAACGCCUCAACACCCUGCAGCACUACAAGGUUCCGGAUGGAGCCACUGUUGCACUGGUACCCCGGAACUCCAAACACAUCCACAAUGACAACCAUGACUACUUUCCUGGAGAGAAGACGCCCAUGUUGGACGAUGGGGACGAGGGAGGUGUGAAGCUCUGGCACCUGGUGAAAGCCAAUGAGGAGCCAGACCUGCCCAAACACAGGCGUGGCAGUCUGAGAGAGAGGGAGAGAGAGAGGGCCAAGGCCAUCCCCGAGAUCUACCUCACACGCCUACUCUCCAUGAAGGGCACACUGCAGAAGUUUGUGGAUGACUUGUUCACAGUGAUCCUGAGCACUAACCAGCCAGUUCCCAUGGCUGUCAAGUACUUCUUUGACCUGCUGGAUGAGCAGGCUCUGCAGCACAACAUUACAGACCCUGAGACCAUCCACAUCUGGAAGACUAACAGUUUACCGCUGAGGUUCUGGAUCAACAUCUUGAAGAACCCCCAGUUCAUCUUUGAUGUUCAGGCAUCAGACCAUGUGGAUGCUGUGCUGUCUGUCAUAGCCCAGACCUUCAUGGACUCAUGUACCAUCGCAGAGCACAAGCUGGGCAGGGACUCUCCUAUCAACAAGUUGCUGUAUGCCAGAGAUAUCCCACGGUACAAGCAGAUGGUAGAGAGAUACUAUGCUGACAUCAGGCAGACCAUUUCUGCCAGUGACCAGGAAAUGAAUUCUGCUCUUGCAGAACUGUCUCGAAAUUAUGCUGGUGAGGUGAACUACCUUGUAGCCCUGCAUGAGCUGUACAAGUACAUCAACAAGUACUAUGAUCAGAUCAUCACUGCUCUAGAGGAGGACCCUACAGCUCAGAAGAUGCAGCUGGGCUACAGGCUCCAGCAGAUUGCGGCUGCCGUGGAAAAUAAAGUCACUGACCUAUGAUAACAGAGUGGCCCUGAGACGGGACAGGCCGAGACCCUGAGGAAAAGACACCUGCUGAGAGGAGUAGUCCGAAAGGAAAAGAAUGUGUGAAAAGGAAAAAGACCUUGUGCAUACAGGGUGUAAUUUCCCUCUCUUUUUGGCAGACUGAAGGAAGUAAAGAAGGUUGAGGGGCACUCAGUGGUGCCCUUCUCUUUUUGCCAUAUCUGUGUAGAGUUACUGUGCGUAGAUUCUCCUGACAAGCUGCACAGGAGAUUUCCAUAGCAACCUGACUACAUUUACCCACUGCUACUCAGUGUGUACAUACAUAGACAUUAUCCUGAGUAAAUGAGCAAAGCCCUGUUGAACUCUCUGGACUGCUGCAGAGUUACUGCAACACAA